AUGAAGUCUCCAUUGGAGCAAGCUCUCACCUAUCAGCCGCGUUUCAACGAACUCGUGGAUAUCUUAUCAGCCAUACAAAAGGAAGGAAACUCCACCCAAGCCUUAUCUAAUCCGCGCAUUGUUGAUGAGAUAGAGCCAUUAGCAGCCAAUCUGCGUUCCUACACGGCUAAUACUCUGAAUGGUUUCAGCGUUAUUGUAGAAAAAGACGAAUUUGAGGAAGAAGAACCAAAAUCCGCUGGUAGCCAAAUCAGGGAAUACAAUGCGGCUACAGACCAUAAAGACAUCGAAAUAACAAGUACAAUAUUAUUCACAAUGAUUCGGGACUUGGAGAAUCCAGGCCAUGUUAUAAGAAUGCAAGAACCUUAUCAAUUGGUGAUUUAUGAUCUAGAACGGUUCAUCGACUUCUUCAAAGGGGCGGAAAAACUGCAAUGGCGAUCUGGAAUGCGCGUCGCGAAACCUUCAGUUGACAUAACUGGGUUGAUGCAGCAGGCAUCGACUUCCAAGAGCAAAGUUGCUAUAUGCAUUAGCACAGAGAAAUUUUCUGCACGUAGGGUAUCCGAAAUUCUCGCUACUACAAUUGUUUCGAAGGAAGACGAGCCGGCUGGACAAAUCAUGCCGGUCUGGAUCCCAUUGAGCCACGAUGGAGCCGAAGUCGAAGUUUCUACGAGGAGACUCUAUUUACCCGGGACUUCUGAGCAAGAGGAUUACGUCGAGCUUGAGGAGGAGAUUGGCGAGAGCAUUGCUAGACAUAUCUGGGAUGCAGGAGUAAUCGCUUUCUGUGCAAUUACCGAGUCAUGGAUGUUGCCAAUGCCAACAGAUACGGAACCUUCUGGCUUAAAGGCUUUGAAGAAACUUUUCGCUGGGCCAAAAUCCAUAAAUGUUUUAGAGCUAGGAUGCGGCGUUGGAAUCCUGGGAGGAGGCUUGAGUGUUGUAUUACCAAGGAUGCGGCCGCCACCAAGUCGCAGAUGCACCAUCCUCAUGACAGAUUUGGAGGAAGCAGAGAGUCGAACCAGGUCCAACAUGUCUCGGCUCCUUCAAGUCGGGAAAAAGAAGUCUAACAGCAGUCUUCCCGUGAAGCUUCUGUACGAGAACCUUGAUUGGGAAGAAGGUCGAAAGGGUGCAUUUGGUCCGGAAACACAAAGCCACCGCUGGGAUCUUGUCAUGCUUAGUGAUUGCACGUACAACGUGGAUAUGCUUCCCGCGCUGGUUGAGACGCUAUCUGCGUUGCACGCAUCCAACAUGGCACAUGUGGCUGCCUCAUCCACAUCAUCCGGCGAGCAGCCGCAGUCAACAAAAGUCUUCUUGGCAACGAAGCCGCGGCAUGCUUCGGAAGAGGCCUUGUUUGACCUGCUAUCGCAAGAGGGAUGGGCUGAGCUGCAUAGACAAACUUUGCCACUGCCUGUACUUGGCGCAGAGACGCAAUCUGUGGAACUGUAUCUAUACGAAAAGCUGCAAUGA